GGGAACCAACACCACAACCAGAAAGACGGGAACAUCUAGGUUCGGCAGCGGCGUGUCUUAACACCUUAACACCACCACCAUGGCUGACCCGGAGAAACAGCCCGAACAACCUAAGGCUGUCCAGCAAAAGCUGGUCAUCGCUAACAAAGUGACCGGGACUGUAAAGUGGUUUAACGUAAAGAGUGGAUACGGGUUCAUCAACAGAAAUGACACCAAGGAGGAUGUGUUUGUCCAUCAAUCGGCCAUUAUUAAGAAUAACCCGAGGAAGGCCGUGCGCAGCGUUGGCGACGGUGAGGUCGUCGAAUUUGACGUAGUAAUCGGCGAGAAAGGUCAUGAAGCAGCCAAUGUGACCGGGCCAUCAGGAGAAGCGGUUAAAGGUUCACCAUAUGCCGCAGACAAGCGAAGGGGAUAUCGUGGUUGUCACUGGAUAUAUCCUAGACGUGGAAAUGUUCGAUCACAGCGUAGACCGCGAGAAGGACAAGAAGGAUAUGAGUCCGUCGAUGGCAAAACUGGCGAGGAAGGUAUCCCCGGUGAUGGUGGGGGCCAACAACGUCGUUAUAGACCACGACGUAAUUAUGAAGGUUACUAUAACCCGGUUACUCGACAUUCCGGACCUAAUCAACAGCAAGGUGAGAACGCUGGAGAAGGUGGUGAGCAAGGAGGUAAGGGCACCGGAGAAGGAGGUGCACCACGCGGUGGUGGACGUGGUCGUGGAGGCCCACCAAGACGCUUCUUCCGUCGAAAUUUCCGCGGAGGAAGAGGCGCCGGACCACCAAGACGUCCAAGAAACCAGGAUGGUCAGUCGGAGCAGAAGUUGGAUGCACCUAAAGAUAAGGAUGCACCUGCCGCUGCCCCUGCUCCACAGGAGAGUCAACCGGUGCAGAACACCACCACCGAGAGCACCGCUUAAGAAAGAUUAAAAUGCUAUCACCACAACAAAACACUCCUUUUAAUAAGUAACACCAACACCCGUUAUACACUGAAGCAACAGCAUAAUAACAUCAGCAGAAAAGCAGUACGCAGAGCAGCAGCAGCAGCAGCAGCAGCAGCAGCAGCAGCAGCAGCAGCAGCAGCGGCAGCAGCAGCGGCAGCAGCAGCGGCAGCAAUACAAGAAACAGCAGCAAUAAAAGCAACAGGAACAACAAAUAACAUAACAAAUAUUAAAAAAACAAAAAACCAAAAAAACAAAAAAAAUACAAAAAAAAGAAAAGAAAUCAGAAAACACGACUCCACACUCUCCCUACGAAAAGCAAAUUGAGGUAUGUAACGGCUAAUAAGAACGGCCCCCUGCCCUCCCUACAAAAAAAAGAAAAAAAAAAAACAAAACAAAAAAAAAACAAGCUUUUGACGAAAGAAAAUGUGUAGCGAAAGGCCGGAAUUAACGUGAGUGUCCCAAUGGAAAUUCUUCAUCUUAGAUAACCACUUACAUUAUUAUUAUUAUUAUUUUUUUUUUUUGUGUUAUAUCUUUUUUUUUACUACCGCACAGUUUAUCUACUGUGUUUGAGACUCAACUCAAGGUUCGGAUUAUAAACUCAGGUUAAAGAAUUACUUUAUAAUAAGCAAUAUCGUUAUCUACUUCGUGGUGUGGACAAAGAAAAAAAAAAAACCUUUGCUGGUGUUAUUGUUUUUGAAAAGGUAUAUCGAAAAAUAGGACGAGACGAUAUCGAGAAGAUGAACGAAUUGUGUGUUGAAGUUUGAAUGCCCCCCCUCCCCUUUUCACGUGAUUUUAUAAGAAUAAGAUCAUACAAUUGUGAUAAAAAUGAGAAUGAUAAAAGGAAUUCUUUGCGAAAUCAUAGAUUUAAUGCCGCGACCAAUUGGAAGGAAAAAAAAAAAAAGUAAAAUAAAUGAAAUGAGAAAAAAGACGCAGGCGUAUAUACGAAAGAUGUAUAAAAGAAAAAGAAAGGAAGAAAGAAAAAAAGAAAAAAAAAAUAAUAAAAUAAUUGAAUAAACAAAAAAAAAAAAAAAAAAAAAAAAAAAAAAAAAGAAAGAAAGAGAUAGAAAGAUGAAAAAGCGACUGAUUUGUCUGCAAUAAAAAGAGGGUUGAUUUUUGUUCUAGUUUUUGUAUUCGUUAUUUAACAUGUUUUUUUUUUUUCCUCUUCUUUUUUUAUUUUUCUUCGGUUUUUCUCACGAAACUCAUUGAAACGUUUCUUGUACAAUAUCUUUUAUUUCUUUUUUUUUUUUUUUUUUUUUUAUUUUUUUUUUUUUUUGAGUUUGCUGAGAUUUUUCCCAUUUCUCUUCCUGAUGUUUGUAAAAAAAAAAAAAAAAAAAAAAAAAAAAAAUGGUCGUAGGUGUACACGAAACCCGAUGACGCAAUAAUCUUAAUGAUUUAAAAAAAAAAAAAAAAAAGAAAAAGAAAAAAGGAAAAAGAACAACAUAAUUGAAAUCUAAAUAGCGAGUAAAAACAACUUACAAAUCGUUCGUCUUUUCGUACGUGAGAAAUCCGUUGUGAAAGUUGGCAUUUAAUUGAAUUGAUUUAUCCUUUUUUUUUUUUUUUUAACACUGAUAUAUUUAUACGCAAAGGAGCCGUUAAAGGAGUGCGCGCGCGCGCGCGCGCGCAAUGUGAUAAAACAAAUAUAAUGUACAAUUUGUCACUUGGAAUGCCGUAAAACAUUUGGACAUAAUAAAUAUCCAAAAUUUUUUUUUUAUUUUUUUUUGUUUUAUUUUAUAUAUAUAUAUAUAUAUAUAUAUAUAUAUAUAUAUGUAUGUAUAUAUAUAUCUAUAUAAAGAAUACUCAAGUACACGCGGCUCAUCAUCAUCAUGAGACGAUUACUAUAAUGCCGCUUAUAUUAAAAACGUUUUUUUUUUUUUUUUUUACAAUUGAUAGUAGCAAUAAUAAUAAUGUCAUCCCCUGGCGGGUUUAGACAUUGGUAGACAUAAAGCGUGUACUCAUUAUUGAUAACUAUUAAUUGGACAUUAUUAUAUGUUAAUAAUUAUAAAUCCGUGAGACAAUCCCAAUAAUAAUGUACGGUAUUUUGACGUUCAGAUUGAUCCGAGAUUAACGAAAAAACAUCAACCAGUUAUCAUUAUCGCGCUAGAUCAUUCUAAAUCAAAUUUAUUGAUCGCGCGUGUGUGUGUGUGUGUGUGUGUGUGUGUAUAUGUAUGUGUAUGUAUAUAUACUCGCACGAAAUCGAUGAAUAUGAACGCCGAAAUAGCCGUACAUUUUAAUAAACUCGAUUGACAAUGCGAUGCACAAUACUUGCUACGACUUGUCAAUGGAGUGAGAGAGAGAGAGAAAGAGAGAGAGAAAUAAAGAAAGAAGGAAAGAGAGAAAAAGAAAAAACAGAGAGAGGGAGAGAGAGAGAGAGAGAGAGAGAAAAAAAGCAAGCGAAAGAAGAACAGAAGAAGAGAAAGAAAGAAAGAAAAAAAAAAAAGAAGAAAAUUUAUACAACUUUGCAUGUGAGAUCUUUUUAAAAUUUUAGUUUGUAGUACAGAAUCAGAAAAUAAAAUAUAUGAUUUUCUUUUCAAAAAUGGCUAACCGAGGUGUGUUGUCUCUGCGGCUCGGCAAUGUCAUUUGAUUUUUUUUUUUUUUUUUUUUUUUUUGUUUGUUUUUAUUUUUAUUUUUAUUUUUUUUAUUUUUAUUUUUGUCUAUCUUAUCAAAAACCAAGUUAAUUUUUUAAUAAUCGGCGUUAAAGUAAUCCUUUGUUUUUCGUAUAUUAGCCAACGGAAGAGAUCCAACGAGAAUAAUCGUCCUUCGAGAAAGAGAAAGAGAGAUAGGUAGAUAGAUAGAUAGAGAGAGAGAGAGAGAGAGUGUCUUUAAAAUAUUAAAAAUGUAUAUAUCAUUUAUACAUUUUAUUGAUGAUAACAACUUAACAAAAAACACACAUGCACACACCACGAGCGAGGUGUCCGUAUUGCGUCCUCCCCCGCCCCUCCAAAGUAUCAUUCCUCGCCUUAUUUGUUCGUUAGUUGUUUGUUUAAAAAAAAAACAAAAAAAAAAAACAAAAAAAAAACGACAAAAAAAACACAAAAAAAACAACAAAAAAAAAAAAAUAAGAAAAAAAAGAGAAGAAAAGGAAAGGAAAAAAAAAGUCAAAAAAAAGAAAAAGCAAAGAAAAGAGAAAAAGUGAAAUAAACCCGUGUGUUGAGUCCUCGUAGAGCGUUAUCAAAUAUGUUUGAUUUUGUGUAACAAUUUAUAAGUAGUCGUCAAUUCGUGAUUGGGAUUUCAAAUAACCUUGCAGCGAUUAUACCGAAAGAGAGUAAGAGAGAGCGAGAGAGAGAGAGCGAGAAAGAAAGAGAGAGAGAGAGAGUGUGUGUGUGUGUGUGUAAACAAAAUCCGACGCAGUUUUGAAAUGUGAGAUAGAUAGAGAUAAAAAGAGAUAGAUAAAGAAAGAGAGAGUGAGAGUGUGUGCGCUCGCGCGCGCGUGUGUAUGCGGUGCUAAGUGGUGCGCGGAGGAGAGGAAAAAAAAAAAAAAAAAAAAAAAAAGAAAAAUUUCAACGUGCGGUUACGUUCAUUUAUAAUUGCAAAUCCAAGAAAGCAAAGACUUUCUCUUCUCAUUGUGGUUGGUGUGUAAUAAUGCGAGACACGUGUGAAAUGCAAUAGAUCUUAUAGGUUCUUUCAAAAGAUUCCUCCUUUUAAUAACAGUCCCUCGUUGAAUAUAAUAAUCAUUGUAAUUUGAAUAAUUUCGUUCGAGCACUCAAAAAAAAAAAAAAAAAAAAAAAAAAGAACAGGGACACGCGACACGCUCUCUUGCAUUUGUGCGAGCUUUCUUUUUUUUUUUCUUUUUCUUUUCUUUUUUCUCUCUCCUUUUUUUCUCUUCUGCACCCUCCCCCUUCUCAUUUUGUGCUCAUUCGAUCUAUUAAAUCCUCUUCCUUCACCUCCUCCACCUCCUCCUCCUUCUCCUCCUCCUCUUUCCCCCCCCCCCCUUUAAAUGUGUUCGCUCGAGGUUGUUUCUUUGUUUUCUUUCUUUUCUUCUUCCCCCCUCUCGUCGCCUAUUUUCUUUUUCUGUUUCUUCUUUUACGUCGAGUAACGUAACCGCGCGUUUCAUCAUAAAAAAAAAAAAGAAAAAAAAUAAAUAAAAAUAAAAAUUACAAAAAAAAGAAAAAAAAAGAAAAAAAAAACCGAGUAGAACGAGGAGACACAAAAAUGAGAGAGAGAGAGAGAGAGUGUGUGUGUGUGUGUGUGUGUAUGUGUGUGUGCGUAUAUCCAGCUGAAUCUCGAGCUUGCAAAAUUGACGUAAAUUAAAACGAAACGGAACAGAAGAAAACAAAAUACAAUAAGUAAACCAGGAACAAGUAAAAAGUCGUUCUAAUUGAUUGUGAAAAAGAACAACGCGUGUGUUAAAUAUGGUGAACGUCGAAGUUAAAAAAGAAGAAAAAAAAAGGUAUAUGAAAAAGGAAGGAUAGAUAGGAAGAUGGGAAGAAAGAAAAGAAUGAAAGAAAGAAAAGAAAGAAAGAAAGAACACACAAACAAUUUUAAAGCAUAAUAGUAUUAUGAUGUAUGGAUAAUAUAAAAGAUAUUGUCUACCUUAUUCCGACGAGUGGAAGACAUUAUAAACGUGCAAUCAUUUUUAAGCAGAUCCGCGUCAUUGAAAUUUGAAAUGUAUGCGCGCUAGAUAUAUAUAUGUAUAUAUAAAUAUAUAUAUAUAUAUAAAUAUAUAUAUAUAUAUAAAUAUAUAUAUAUAUAUAUAUACACAUAUAUCUAUAUAUCAACAAUCCUGUGUGCAAGCUGGGCGAAGUUUAAAAUCGAUAAUGGCAAAAAGCGUACGUUUAAAAACAAUGUUUGUUUGUUUGUUUGUUUGUUUGUUUGUUUGUUUGUUUGUUUGUUUGUUUUUAUCGCAGGCGUAUUUAACGCGUGUUAAAUAUACUACAUUUGGAAACGCGAGCGAAAUGAAAUCACGAAAAUUCGCGUUUCAACUGUCGAGAGAUAUAAAUGAAAUAAAAUUAAAGGGAAAAAAAUGAAAAAAAGAAAUAAAAAAAUAAAAAAAAAAAAAAAAAAAAAAAAAAAGAAAAGAAAAGGAAAAAAAAAAAGGAAAAAAACGGAAACAAACAAAGAACAUGCAAAAAGAAAAAAAAAAAAAAGGAAACAAAUUUAUGGCGAAGAGAGAGAUGAUAAUGCGAGAAUUUUUGGGAUCGAGCAGAAAAACGUUCGAUCUCAUUUUUCUAUUCCGAAACGAAUAUUAUCUUUGUACAUCCGACGUAAAAAAAAAUCUUUGUCGUGUUUUCAAGAACAAAACCACAGCAUAAUAAAUAAAUAAAUAAAAUAAAAUAAAAUAAAAUAAAAUAAAAUAAAAUAAAUGAAUAUGAAUGAAUGAAUAAAAAAAUAAAGAAAGAAAUAAAUAAAUAAACAAAGGAGGAAAGAAAUAAAAAACUAAAAAACUAAAAAAAAAAAAAAAAAAAAAAAAGAAAAGAAAAGAAAGGAAAAGAAAGGAAAAUGGGUAUCACGACGUGACUGUCAAUUAGUUCAAGUUCAGUUUUUUCGCAAGAUAAAUGAAAAAAACUAAAAAAAAAAAAAACUAAAAAGAAAAAAAAAGAAAUAACGAGAACAAAAGUAAUAUACCGAUCUGUUGUAAUGUGGUCAUACAGAAUGGAUGAUAACGUUGGUGAUUAUAAUGAUGAUGAUGAUGAUGAUGAUGAUGAUGAUGAUGAUGAUGAUGAUGAUGAUGAUGAUGAUGAUGGGUGGUCAGUCUAAAGCUAAAUGUGAAUUAUAAAAGAAAUUCGUGAUACCAGUUUGAGGAGGAGGCGUUCAUUUUUCGAAUAAAAUGUCGUUAUCUAAAGAUUUUCGAUGGGUGCGAGAGGUGGGCGUCGCUUUUAAAACACGUCUCCUGUAACGUCCGUCGACUGCCCCCCCCCACCCCACCCCAACCCCCC